CACCGGCAACUCCUGAAGGACAGCUUCAUGGUGGAGCUGGUGGAGGGAUCUCGAAAGCUGCGUCAUGUCUUUCUCUUCACGGAUCUGUUCCUCUGCGCCAAACUCAAGAAACAGAUUGGAGGGAAGAGCCAACAGUAUGACUGCAAAUGGUACAUACCCCUCUCAGAUCUCAGUUUCCAGAUGGUGGAUGACUCAGAGACAAUGCCAAACAUCUCUCUUGUGCCAGACGAGGAGCUAGAUGCCAUGAAGAUCAAGAUUUCCCAACUCAAGAGUGACAUCCAACGUGAAAAAAGAGCUAAUAAAGGCAGCAAGAACUUGGAGAGGUUGAAGAAGAAGCUGUCUGAACAGGAAUCCCUGCUUCUCCUGAUGUCUCCUAAUAUGGCUUUCCGAGUGCAUAAUCGCCAUGGCAAAAGCUACACUUUUCUCAUCUCCUCGGACUACGAACGGGCAGAAUGGCGAGAGAUCAUCCGGGAGCAGCAGAAGAAAUGCUUCAAAAGCUUUUCACUGACGUCGGUGGAACUCCAGAUGCUGACAAAUUCUUGUGUGAAGCUUCAGACUGUACAUCACAUUCCCCUCACCAUUAAUAAAGAAGAUGAUGAACCCUCCGGCCUCUAUGGAUUCCUGAACGUCAUUGUCCAUUCUGCCACCGGCUUCAAGCAGAGCUCAAGCUUGUACUGCACCCUAGAAGUGGACUCCUUUGGGUACUUUGUGAACAAGGCCAAAACGAGGGUUUACAGAGACACCGCAGAGCCCAACUGGAACGAGGAGUUUGAGAUAGAACUGGAGGGCUCCCAGACCCUGCGGAUCCUGUGCUACGAGAAAUGCUACCACAAAACCAAGCUCACCAAAGAGGACGGAGAGACCAUGGACCGCAUUAUGGGCAAAGGCCAGAUCCAGCUGGAUCCACAAGCCUUGCAAGAUAAAGACUGGCAACGCACCGUCAUCCUGAUGAAUGGGGUCGAAGUGAAGCUCUCCGUGAAGUUCACAAGCAGAGAGUUCAGUCUAAAGAGGAUGCCUUCUCGAAAACAAACGGGAGUAUUUGGAGUAAAGAUUGGUGUUGUCACCAAGAGAGAGCGAUCCAAGGUGCCUUACAUUGUGCGCCAGUGUGUGGAGGAGAUUGAACGUCGUGGCAUGGAAGAGGUGGGCAUUUACCGGGUCUCUGGAGUUGCCACUGAUAUCCAGGCUUUGAAAGCUGCUUUUGAUGUCAAUAACAAAGAUGUCUCCAUCAUGAUGAGCGAGAUGGAUGUGAAUGCUAUUGCGGGAACACUAAAGCUCUACUUCAGGGAGCUGCCAGAGCCUCUCUUCACAGAUGAACUCUACCCCAACUUUGCUGAAGGCAUUGCACUUUCAGACCCAGUUGCAAAAGAAAGCUGUAUGCUGAACUUGCUGCUUUCUCUUCCGGAACCCAACCUUGUCACAUUCCUUUUCCUCCUGGAUCAUUUGAAAAGAGUUGCUGAAAAGGAGAACAUCAACAAGAUGUCACUUCACAACCUGGCAACUGUUUUUGGACCAACACUACUCAGACCGUCAGAAAAGGACAGCAAAAUUCCUGCAAAUCCAAUGCAACCCAUAGCCAUGACUGACAGCUGGUCACUAGAAGUCAUGUCCCAGGUUCAGGUUCUCCUCUAUUUCCUGCAACUAGAGACUAUUCCCACCCCGGACAGCAAGAGGCAGAGCAUCCUGUUCUCCACUGAAGUGUAGAAGCCAGCCCAGCCAGGGAAGAAGGCUUGUGGUGUUUGCUCUUGGAACUGCUCCAUCCGUCCUUCCAACGUUCCUGCCUUUCUUUGUCCACCAAGAGGAGACAAAGCAUCCCCCCCCCCGCCGUCUGGGAAGCAACAGGCGGAAGAUUACUUUCUUCGGAAGAUUCCCUUCAUCGGAUUAGGAAACGAACUGGGCGGAGCAACAGCACUGUGAGUUUCCACUAGCAGAGGAGAACGAAAACGAUGGGCGACGGAACUGCAUUAGGAAGGAAUGUGCCAGAAGGAAUUCCUGUGGGGAUUUUUGUAAUGGAAUUAAUGUUACGUUUGGGAAGUUUUGAGAGUCCUUGCUACUUGGACUACUUCGAAGAGCAGAAGGAUACUGCUUUUAUGGCCACUGUUUUGGUUUCUAAUGGCAUACUACAAGGAUGUUCACCCAUAAUAGCCACUACUUGCAAAUUUAAACCUUGAUUUAAGCAAGUUUCUUUUUAAUAAAUAAAUUAAUUAGAAGCUUCAUGCACAGUCAGAACUUAAAAAAAAAAAAAAAGCUUUUUCUUGCCUUUUAUUCUUUGACUCUCUUUUGGUGGAAGUUUUUACCGAAGACACAUCAUCUAAUAACUUAGAGAAUAAAGGCUGGAGACUGGAAGAGAAUGAGAUGAUGACCAGCUCCUAACUUAUCCUCCUUUUUCUGUGGACCAAAAAAUGAUGGAAGGUGUGGAGAAGUUGCUAAAUUCUUCAGGCAUUCUAAGUAUUAGAGAAGAUAAGCUGCAAAAUCACGCCCUUUCAGAUGCAAAGAUUUCGUCCCUAGUUUUCUACCCAAUCACAGCAUAAGGACUACAACCUAUUUAUACAAUGGUUUCUGAGCAAUUGGGCAAAAGCCAAUUGUCUCACGUAACUUUUCUUAGCUCAGCUGGUGGGGGCUGGGAGGGCAGGAGGGCCCCUGGGUUUUUAGGUUCUUUGUUGAGACUUUGGAAAGACUUUGCUUACGGAAAAUAUUUUUUUCACUGCCACUCUGUUUUUGCUGGGAAAGAGAAAUGUUUUGAUAAGAUGUUUUAAUAACUUGUACAAUGAUGAUUGAUGAGGGAGCAUUUUAUAUUUUUCAGAAAUUCCAACAAUUUGAUUUAAGAUUGAAUAGGCAUCAUUCAUGAAUUGUAAUACUGGAAAAGAAUUAAUAUUGGCAAUCAGAAACAGGAAUUCAAUACAGAAGCCUAGCAUAGGAAGGUAUCUCUUUUUAUAUUAUAUAUGGACAGGAACAAUAUCCUUAUCAGUACCCACACAAUCAUGCAGUAUAAUUUUUGUCUUGUUAAUUCAAUGCCACUUUUACCAAGAUGAUCAGAAGUGACUUAGAAGACUAAGACUCCCAACUCUGACUUAAGGGUGAGAGACCAAGAAAUGCUGGUUUUGUUCAGAGAGUGUUUAUGAAUAGGGAAUGAGAAGCUUUCCCCACGGUUUCCCAGACUUCGGGCAAGUAACAGAUUUCUGCUUAUUAAAGGGGGCUAAAAAGCCAUACAGAACCAUGAGCCUCCACAGCUGCUCUGAUCCUUGAGUUGUACAAUGUCAGCUAUUUUAACAUUGGGAAAUAGCCCAUCAUGGGAGUGGCCAGAGUGUGGUGUCUGACUAUCUCAGUGUCUUUCAUACCAGGAAAUAUUUAAAUAGGAGUUCCAUAUUGUUUCUUUCUCCCAGAGUUCUAGAAGUUAAAACUCUGUUCUGUCGUCCUAGUUUAGAUGGUAACGUAUUUCACUUUACAAAGGUGAGAUAUAUAAACCUUGUGCUGCCACACACGUAUGUUCCUUCCUCCUCUUGUUAAAAUGGUGGAAUUUUUCUCCCAACUGUCUACCAAGGGAAAGGGGCUUUCAGACAAGCUCAUGGAGGAUAAGGCUGUCCAUGGCUGGGAAUCAUCUCCAGGGUCCAAAAGCAGUGUCUCUCUUCAUGUCAGUUGCAGGAGGAAGGUUCCUCUACAGAAGGUUCUUCUGAUGCGCUGCAGCUGAAGGGUGCCUCAAUGAAUUGAGAGUUCCCACAGUUCCUAGCUUGCUUUAAAGAUGGGAAUCAUUUUUGUAGGAUAUAGCAGAAAACAGAGGUUGUUUCUGACACCUUGAGAAGGGCAAAGCAGCCCAUGUACGUAAACAAGGUCCAUCUUGGCUUAUUAAGCCACAUGUGAUUUCUGAAACCACCUGUACUAGUCUUUUUAAGAAUAAUCCUACCACACUGCAAAUCCUGGAUUUCCCCUUUUGUGGCUGUUGAACUUUGGAAUGGACACCCAGGUUGUGAAGACAGAAAGUAUUUAGAUACUGGGUUUAUUCAGCAGAACUGAAUGUCCCAUGGCUGUCAUUUUGCAGAGAAAAGGAGGAAGCAUUGUUCAUCUUGUUGAAAUGAUUCAAGGCCACAUGUUGGCCUAAGAGUCUCCUACACCUUGUCAGCAGUAUCAUCCUUUUCUGCUCAGUCUUGGGUCUUGCUCAAGCUUAGACAUCAGAUGUUUACCCACAGAACAAGGAGGAGUCCUUAUCAUAAGUUGUCCUGACAAAUUUCCUAGCGUCCCAGCACAGUAUUUGGACUAAAAUGGAAGGAAUAGAUACCUUUCCCUCUGUUCUAAAUCCUUAAAUAAGUAUUGUAGGCUCGCCAAUCCUUCUUAUAGGUCUAGUAGUAUCUUAUUAACAGCUGGCACAAUGGGGUGGUAGAGAUUGGGGGUGUUAAUAAAGCUCAUUUGAGUCACUAAAAUCAUAAGAGGUUUAAGGAAGGCUACAGUGUUGUUUUGUGAACUUGAGGCAUGUCUUGAAAAUUAAAGUUUUUAAGGGCUUUUAUUUA